GCCAUGGCGGAGAAGUUCGACUCUCUGGAGGAGCACCUGGAGAAGUUCGUGGAGAACAUUCGGCAGCUCGGCAUUAUCGUCAGCGAUUUCCAGCCUAGCAGCCAGACUGGGCUCAACCAGAAAUUGAAUUUCAUGGUAACAGGGUUGCAGGAUAUCGACAAAUGCCGGCAGCAGCUUCAUGAUAUCAGCGUGCCUUUGGAAGUUUUUGAAUACAUAGAUCAAGGCCGCAAUCCUCAGCUUUACACUAAAGAGUGUCUGGAGCGAGCUUUGGCUAAAAAUGAGCAAGUAAAAGGAAAAAUUGAUACAAUGAAGAAAUUCAAAAGUCUGUUAAUUCAAGAACUGACAAAGGUCUUCCCAGAAGAUAUGGCAAAGUACAAAGCUAUUCGAGGAGAAGAUCCUCCUCCUUAAGGUGGCUUUAGAUAGUUCUAAGAAUGUCAAUACUGUAAACUGACACCACUCUGAAAACAUUGAUUGGAGAGAGGGGGAAUCCAAGCUGUCCUAACAACUGUACUUUCAACAUGGCAGUGAUGGACUGUAGAAAUUAGCUGUUCAGCUGCUACAAUACCCUAAUUCUCUUCAACGGUGUUCACCUGUGUCCCUCCCUGUAUGGACCUUCAUGACCAGAACUCAGCUCCAGCAAUCUGAUGACUUACUCCUCAAUUAAGAGCUGUGUUUUGAGGGGGCACAAUUUCUCAGCUGUGGCUAAGGCUGUUGCCAGGGUCAUGGUGAGUCCCCCAAACCUAGAAUUUUUUUUUUUUUUUUAAUGAGGAUCAAGACACUUUCAUUGUUAGCCAGUUGUCAGAAUAAGAUGAAGCACUGGUGUUUCUGAUGCAAUCUGUUGCUCACAUACCAUUCAGAAGAGAGUUUCUUGAUGCAAAAAAUCCUUCAAAGCAGAGCUGUUUUUGUUUUCAUUGACUGACCUUUCUAGGUUGAUAAAGUAGUGCUGAGUGGUUUGAUGAUUUCCCAAGCAUUUUAUAUUGCUUUUUAUAAAUUGCUUUCUCUGAAAAAUGCAAUUUCCAAGUGAUUGAAAGUGC